GCCUGGUACUUGUAUAAUUCUCUCAGUAUUAAAUAUUUACUAUUUCCUCUUUUAAUUUACACGGGACGCUCCAUACAGUAGGAACUGUAGGAUCAGUAAAAACUAGAAAUUGAUUGUAAUUCAUUUUUGUUGCUUUUCUGAAUAGUGGAUACUAGGGUCGGCAGUGAGAGUGACUUUCGUAACUUGUCUGGCACUGGAUGGGGGAGCGAUGGGAAUGUGUCUGCAUGGCUGAGACUUCUCAUCCGAUCUCCAGUACUUACCUUGGUGUUCUUGUGUUGACGGGAACUGUGGAACAUGAGAUGAAAUUUUGGGAGCCUAACACCGAAGGAAGCGUUCUUGGCUUUUAGGUGAGCGCAGCCACAGCAUAAUACCGCAACUUGAAGUCUCUGGAAUUGUUCGUUGUACGGCACGGGAACUUGGGUUAAUUAGGCAGUGUUGGCCGAAGACAGGGCCGAUUGUGGACACUGCAGCGGACAUGUAAUAACGCUACAGGGCCAUGGAGUGGAGGGAUCUGCUGCACUGCGCCGUGUGUCUGCGGGCUUUCGAGGAGUGCGAGACGGACGAGGGCCUGCGCCUGCCCGUCAGUCUGGUGUGCGGGCACACCAUCUGCCGCGGCUGCCUGACUACCUGCACGAGCAGCAGCCAGCCUGCGACGCUGCACAAGGUGCCCGGACUGCGGACCCCCUCGGGCCAGACGCUGACUGUGCACGGCCACGGCACUGCGCAGCAGCCGCACACGGGCUCCCCCCGGGGCAAGGCGGCGACGUGUACGCCGACGCACGCGUUGCCAGACGAUACUGCGGCCGAUAAUAAUGUCAAUAUCAAUAACAAGUCGAAGCAGCCGUGCAACGGCGUGCUGUCCCAGCAGCAGCAGCAGCGCCUGCCCCUGGACAGGCGCCAUGCCUGUCCCCUGGACCACACCGUGCACGCCAUCCCCCUCACGCAACUGCCCGUCAACGUGGCGCUGGCCCACCUGCUGGGCCUGCGCGUGCCCCCACAGCUGAUGCGCCAGCAGCAGCGCUUGCCAGAAGCCGUGUCGCCGCCUGAUCCUGGCAGCGCUUACAGCCGCGAUAUUCCUGAGGGCGCCGAAGCGGACAGGAAAGCAUCGGACUCCCCCUGCACCGAGCCGGACCUGCACGAAUCCCCCAGUGCCAGCAGCUUUAGCGAACUGUAUCAAGGGGCGCUGAGCGCGCUGGACUCCCUGGCUCUGUUGGUGUCGGGUGGGGCAGCGAGUAGCGGGGCGGCCGCGGGAGCGAUCGCGGGAGCAAUACCCCUGCGAACGCCCGUUUAUCCAGUUGUCAACAAAGCCCUCCAGAGGAAGAUCUUGACGCUGAUGCAGUGCCAGCUGCUGCUGCCGGAAGGACGUACAAAGUGCCAGCGAGCAGCAAGGUCUAUCUGUGAGAGAAUUGUUACGGAAUUGAUCGUCAUGCAUCAGAACACGCAGCAGUUGACUUCGCAUCUAUGGUCGGCGGUGCGGGCGCGCGGAUGUCAGUUCUUGGGACCGGCGAUGCAAGAGGAAGUGCUGAAGCUGGUGUUGCUGGCCCUGGAAACGGGCUCGGCGCUGAGCCGGAAGGUCUUGGUCAUGUUCAUCGUGCAGAAGCUCAAGCCGCAGUACUCGCAGGCGUCAAAAACCAGCGUCGGACAUGUCGUGCAGCUGCUUUACCGGGCUUCGUGCUUUAAGGUAUCCAAACGGGACGGUGAUUCCAGCCUAAUGGAGCUGAAGGAGGAGUUCCGCGUGUACGACGCGCUGCGCAAGGAGCACGACGCGCAGAUCAUCCAGAUCGCCCAGGAGGCCGGUCUGCGCAUCGCUCCCGAGCAGUGGUCGGCGCUGCUCUACGGCGAUCACCUCCAUAAAUCCCACAUGCAGUCCAUCAUUGACAAGCUGCAGAGCACGCAGUACCUGGCCAGCAGCGUGCAGGAGCUCAUCAUCGCCGUCCAGCGAUCCGGCGAUCCGCAGGGCUUGCUGCAGCUGCGGCCGGCCCUGGACCAGCUGGCCGGUCUGACCCUGGAGGACACCACGGGCGCCGCGGGACACGGCGGCAACGCGGCGCCGCCCGCGACCUCUCCCGGCUCGGCCAGCGAAGUGGCCGCCGCGUGUGCCAGCAUGGAGCUGGUGGCGGUGUCCCUGCAGAACCUCCUGCACGUCGUCUCCGGCUUCCUCUUCUUCAUGGCCAACAAUCUCGCCAAGAAGGAUAUGCCGCCCAGCAGCCGCGUUCGCUCCUUUGCUGGCGCAGAUGGACACACCUCGGCGAAUGGAGGAAUUGCGGCAGGACGCGUCAAGCACGCAUAUCCGCAGCAGCAACAGCAGCAGCAGGCGGCGCAUCGCGCGCUCUCGCUCAGUCGCAGCUUGCCGCAGUCCUACUCCCAGCCGAGUUUCACCAGUUUCACGGCAGCGCAGGCGCAGCACGGCCUCUUCCCGUCGAUACGCGAACCAACGAGCGACGCCGGCAACGGCAAUGGCCUGCAUUCCGUCUACUAUCCGGCGCUGAAUCCCCUGCUGAUGAACCGCCGGCCGGCCAGCGGGGUCUUUGCGCCACUGCCGCCGCAGCAGCAUCUCGUCGGCGCCGCGUCCCGUCCGGCCCCUCCUGCCGCUGGGGGCGGGGGCGGGGGCCCGCCUCGCUCGGCGCUGAGCAUGUCGCUCAGUCACAGCGCGUCGGUCAACCUGUCGUCGGCAGGAUUCGCCAGCAAUAUGGCAUCUCCCCUGGACAGCCGGAUGUAUCGGCCCAUCAGUCGCCAGGCCUCGGUGCCGGCCACCAUGCGGACUCUGGAGGGCGGCAACGGCAUGGACGGCGUCCCGUUCCCUUCGCCCGGCAGCAGCCACGGAGGCCAGUACAACUACGUGUUCGGCCACGGGGGGCGCCCGCAGCUCGCGACGGGGUUCCGCGUAGGCAGCCACAGCGAUCUGGAGCAGGGUGGCAGCCUGUCGGAGGAGCACGGCAGCGGGCGGAUGCCGCGUGACUACGGGGCUUACGAGGCCGCCCGUGCCCAUGCCGGCUGGUCGAGGGCGGGCAUGAGGACGGCCAUCAGUCCGCUGCCGCUGGACGAUCUGGAGGACGAGCAGGACGGCCUGGCGCUGGGGAUGCCGCAGCUGCACCGGCCGCACGCCGAGCUGUCCACCUUCAACCAGUCCCUGUCGCACAGCCGCCGUCUGCCCUCCUCCUCCGGCAACUUGCUGGACGAGUACGCUCGCUGGCGGGACGACGCCAGUACGGCGCAAGGGAUCCACCGCAUAUCGUCGCUGUCCAGCGAGCUGGCCGGCGUGGGCGGCGGCCACAUGCGCGCCAGUCGCUCGGCCGUGUUCCACGCGGACUACGCCGGCGGCGGCGGACUGGACGGCUACUUCGGCAGUCCGCCCUGCAAGCCGCUCUCGCGCCUCAUGCAGUCGACGACGUCCCCGUCCGGCCGCGCCGCGGGCCUGGAUCUGGAGCAGCUGAGCGACCGCGACCACGAGGACGUGCUGACGAUGCGGCUGUGCAGUGACGCACUGGGUGAGCCGCUGCCGGACGUCGUCGGCGCCGACUUCGCCGACCAGCAGCACCACCGCGAGAAGUGGGCGGCGGCCUGCCUCUUCUCGCUGUCGGACGAAGAGCCCAGCAGUUAGAUGUCAGGCGCCGCUACAGAUACAGCUACACCGUCUCUUGCCGGCAUUCCAGCGCGCUGUAGUUCAUUUUCUUAUGACCCGCAGUCGAACCGAUACGCCGCAGUUUGUCCGUCCGUCCGUACCUCGCCAGGUGUCUGCGUGCCGCUGCAACCAGUGGAAUCGCUGCGUUGCAGCGGUUCUAGUCGCGCUUUUAUCGGUCUUAAUGAUUUACACGCUGGCCAUCCCGUCUUAACAUUCGUUUUAUCCUUCUAAUGAUUUUACAUAAUCCCUACAGGGUAUUUAGUAAGUUUUUUACCGUUAGGUUUCAUGUUGAAAUGUUAGCAUGUUGCUUAUAUUAUGUGAGUUUAUUUUCUUAUAUUAGGAGCAUUGUCGUAUUUUCUCCAUGAGAAGGUUUUUAUAAUUUUAUCGAAUGUAAUUGCUUUAUGCUUUGGCAGCUAAACAGUCUAAGUGGAUUUUAGCAUUUUAUCUGAAUAAAUACAGUGCAUGG